AUGGAUUUGAAUGAACUACCCCCUGAUGUUGACUUUGAUUUCAUUUUUGGAGCUAACAUAGAUACGUCUACAAACAAUCCAACCUUUUGCACUCAGGUGGAUCCUGAGGAGCAGCAAUGUGCUCCGAGCGUUUCAGAGGUGGAUCCUGUUGACCAGCGAGAUGCUCCUAACGUUUCAGAGGUUAGGUUGUCGCUAGAAGAGACACACUUAGAAGAAAUUCAGCAAGUUGUUCAUAACACAGAAUUGGCUGGUGGUCAAUCUGGUACGGAAGGUCUUUUUUCAGAAGCUGUUGAGGCAGAAGUGUGGUCUACACCUCAAGGGCCACACAAUGGAAUGACAUUCAGCACUCUAUUAGAAGCAAAAGAGUACUACAAUUCAUAUGCUAAAAGAAUUGGCUUCUCAAUCAGGACCAACACAUCACGCAGAUCAGCAUUUACAAAAGAGGUAGAAAAGGUACAAUUUGUUUGCAACAAAGAAGGUAAAGGGAAGAAAAGUAAAUCUGAAGAACAAAUUGAUGAGCUUAUAUAUGAUUCUGAUGAUGAUUCUAAUUCUGAUCAAGAGGGGGGUGCUGAGAUGCCAGUAGAAGGAGAAGAAGACAGGAAGCAUAACAAAAAUAGUGCUGGCAUCAAAAGGAAGAGGGAAAAAAUGAAGUGUACACAAUGCAAAGCAAGAAUGGUUGUGAAACUCAUUGGUGCUAGGUGGCAUCUAAUGUCUGAAUUCUAUGGAUCUAGGCAACUAGUACCAUAUGAAGAUAAAGAUGUGCACAACUUCCGCUCAACACUUCGGACAACUGAAAAGUAUAAAGAUAUGCAAGAAACGUUGGAGUAUUUUGAAGAAUUGAAGCAACAUGAUCCAGAAUAUUUUUACAAGUUUAAGUUGGAUGAUGAUUACAGGCUUCGGAACCUAUUCUGGAUAGAUGGUGCAGCAAGGAGGGCGUAUGAAACAUAUCAUGACUGUGUGUCUUUUGAUACAACUUAUAUGACAAACAUGUAUGAUAUGCCCUUUGCACCCUUCAUUGGGAUAAACAGACAUGGUCAAUCAUUCCAGCUAGGUUGUGCGUUCCUAAGAGAUGAAAAGACACCAAGCUUUGUCUGGCUUUUCCAAACAUUCUUGGAAGCGAUGAAAGAGAAAGCUCCGUUGAAUAUUAUUACUGAUCAAGAUGGUGCUAUGAGAAGUGCAAUUGAACAUGUGUUCCCGCUUGCAAAUCAUAGGAACUGUCGAUGGCACAUAAUGAAUAAAGCGGCGGGUACUGUAGGUCCUUUACUUAAGGAAGAUAAAGAGUUGGAGGAUGAAUUCAAGGACUGUAUAAACUACAGUGUCAUGCCAGAAGAGUUUGAGGCAAAGUGGCAAGCUAUGAUUCAAAAGCACCAAUCGACGCAAAGAAGUGAAGGUUUUAACGCAGUGUUGAAGUUGUAUGUCAGCCCAAACUUAUCAAUAUUGGACUUUGUCAAGCAAUACCAGAAGAUUCAAGAUAAGUGUCUUGUUGCUCAAGAUGGGCAGGACUUCAGAACCGAUGAUAAGACUCGAAACACGUGGUCGAAGAACCCUAUUGAGAAGCAUGCCUCAACUGUGUAUACGAAGAAUAUAUUCUACAGAUUCUCGAAAGAAUUUGAAAAGAUUGAAGAGUAUUUUGUGCAGCAUAUAGGUGACUACCAGUUCCGGCUUGUGCCAAAUGACAAGUUUGUUGAUGGCUAUGGCACUAGGUCAUAUAAUGUGACAGCAGUAGAAGAAGAAGAAAGCUACUAUUGCGAGUGCAGCAAGUUUGAUAGGGAUGGCAUAAUUUGCUGUCACAUCAUCAAGGUUAUGAGCAGAUUUGGUGUCAAGAAGCUGCCUGACCGAUACAUAAUGGGAAGGUGGAAGCAACAGGAAAUGACUGUUGGCACAAAUGCUAAUGCAAAUCUUCAAGCUGAUGUUGGAACUAGUGGUAUGCCUUUGCAGAACCAAAAGACAAUAAGAUUCAGCAAUCUUGCCUCCACGCUCACAAAGUUUGCUCGCGAGGGAUCAAACUCAGAAGAUGCUUAUGAAAUUGUUACAAGGCACAUUGGAAUGAUGCGAUCUGAACUUGAAGAUCUAAAGAAGAAGAAGAAGAAAAGGACACGGUGUAAUGAGAUAUCAGCUAAUACUGCUGCUGGUGCUCUCAAUAAUCCCAGCACUCCUCAUGCUACAAAUGCACAUAUGAGUGCACCUUCUGCACCUUUAACUACUGCAACUUCAGUUGCUGCAUCCACAACUGCUAUGUCUAGUCAUACUGGACUUGGGACUAUUGGAACAAAUCUACAGGAUCCUACCAUUCCUAGUAAUUCAGGAAAAGUAAAGAAUCCUCCAAGAUCAGUUGUCAAAGGGAGAAAAAAGUCGAAAAGGCUAUCUAAUGGAAUGAAUGCACAACCAAAAAGGAGGAACCAAUGCAGCAUUUGUCACUCUGAUAAGCACACAGCUCCCAAGUGUCCGAACAAAAUAGAAAAAAGAGUUCCAAAUGCAGAAAUGCAGCUAUUCACAUAG